CGCGCCUCGGCCGUCUGCAUUAGUUAGUAAAAUGAUUGGUUCUGGACUCAAUUCAUUUUUGCUUCCUUCUUUGUCCAUCUAUUUUGCUACGUUGUCAGCCCCUCUAUGUAUCUUCCUCUCCUGUAUACAACAUUCGUUCUGUUACUUCUCAUCGGUGCCACCAGCCGCCAUUUUGGAGCUCAAUUUGAAGCAUUUCAAGUGAUUCCUAGGAGGUUGAUGAUUCAAAAUUUGUACCGGAUGUCAACCAUGGAGAACCCGGAAAACAUUGUGUGGCAUAAGUGCUCGGUGGAGAAACUUGAUAGGCAACAAUUACUUAAGCAGAAAGGCUGUGUCAUAUGGAUUACUGGUUUAAGUGGUUCAGGAAAAAGCACUGUGGCAUGUGCUUUGAGUCAAGGCUUGCACAUGAGAGGAAGGCUCACCUACAUACUUGAUGGUGACAACGUUCGUCAUGGUCUAAAUCGUGAUCUUAGUUUCGAAGCAGAAGAUCGUGCAGAAAACAUACGAAGAAUUGCCGAGGUAGCUAAGCUCUUUGCGGAUGCUGGCAUCAUUUGUAUUGCUAGCUUAAUAUCUCCCUACAGAAAGGACCGAGAUGCCUGCCGUGCGCUGUUUCCUGAAGGAGAUUUUAUUGAGACAAGAGGCUCUAUCUUGCCAGUGAUGACAGCUGACAAGACUCACAAUUCUCAGGUGUACAUGGAUGUGCCGCUGCAUGUGUGUGAGAAUAGGGACCCAAAGGGACUCUACAAGCUUGCACGAGCUGGAAAAAUCAAGGGCUUUACAGGGGUUGAUGAUCCAUAUGAGCCGCCAUUAAAGUGUGAGAUAGUAUUGCAGCAGAAGGGUACGGAUUCUGUCACCCCAGGCGAGAUGGCUGAAACCAUGAUAUCAUAUUUGGAGGAGAAAGGGUAUCUGCAGGCGUGAUAGAAGAAAAGGUCUUUCGAGUUUGUUGGUUGGUACCAGUUGCGGCCUUUCCUGCAACGUAACAUCCUACAAAGAACCUAGUUUUACCAGUGAAGAAGUAAAACGAGAAGUUAUUUUCUCGUUCCCUGCAGUUAGGAAAUUGUUCGUUUCCUGCAUAAUCCAGUUCCUUCCAUGGGGUAAAUUAAUCAAUCGAUUAAUCGAUUUAUUUUGUUUGAAAGCUGCCUUGCGCAAUGUGGCUUUCGAACAGUCAACUAGUAAUAAAGUAGUGGAAGGGAACUUAGGGGAUGAAUUUCAUGUUUACAGUGUCAUUGUGUAAUGAAAUUGGACGUCUGUAAAAUAUAUGUUUCAGCUGAA